AUGGCCACCUCGGACUUCAAACCCUCGCCUUUUCUGGAACCUGGAGUUGCCGCUUCCAUCGGCUCGUUGGCAAUUCUACAUCUGAAACGCGAUCAGCUCAUUCCCCUGGUCCUCAAAUCAACCGCCGACGAUGGCUACGCAGAGGGUGCUGUCACCAACACCCGUUUUGGUUCUUUCCCGCACUCGACGUUGAAGGAUAUCCCAUGGGGCUCUCAGGUCCGCGCAUCAAAGGUCGACACUGGUUCAAGAGGUCGCGGUGGUGCUAAGCGCAAGAUCGACGACACUGAACCCAAGGAGGCUAUCCAGGCUGGUACAGGCUUUGUACAUUUGCUACCACCCACCCCCGAGAGCUGGACCAUCAGUCUGCCCCAUCGUACCCAGGUAGUCUAUACUCCGGACGCUAGCUACAUUCUACAAAGACUCCAGGUCCGUCCUGGCCAAACAAUUAUCGAGGCCGGCGCAGGUUCAGGCUCUUUCACCCAUGCCUCAGCACGCGCUGUCUUCAACGGCUAUCCUUCGCAAUCCUCGUCAGAACCUUCGCUCAAGAAACGCCGUUAUGGCCGUGUCUGCAGUUUUGAAUACCAUGAGCCUCGUGCCAUUGGUCUGCAGGACGAGGUCCGGGCUCACGGUCUGGAUGACCUCGUCCGCGUCACCCACCGAGAUGUCUAUGGCGACGGCUUCCUUCUCGACGAACAAGAUCCCAAAGACAAGUCUCCGAAAGCUGACGCCAUCUUCCUUGACCUGCCUGCGCCAUGGAUGGCUCUCAAGAACCUGACCCGUCAACGCCUCCCAGCCCGUACCGCCAAAAUCGUUGCCAACUCUGCCUCUUCCGAUGCCGCCGACGCCUCGGCUCCUUCAGAGACAGAAACGCCAACAGAAGAACCCACCGAACCUUUUAUCUCUCCUCUCAACCCCAACGUUCCUAUUCAUCUAUGUACUUUCAGCCCUUGUAUCGAACAAGUCACGGCAACAGUGGCCGCCCUCCGCCGCCUUGGCUGGACAGAAAUCCAAAUGGUUGAAGUCAUGCAAAAACGUAUCGAUGUGCGACGAGAACGCGUGGGUCUACAUGAGGAGGGAUUGCGCGGCGUCAAUGCGUCAGCCGCGACUGUGGACGAAGCCGUAAAUCGUUUGCGCGAAGUCGAGGGCAGAUUCAAGGAGUGGCACGAGGCCAUCAAGGAAGUGGAUGAAGUGGCCGAGGCGAAUGGAGAACCUCAGCCUCGUCCGAGCACCAAGGAUCACCCGGCUAGUCACUUUGAGAGCAAGCAGGCUAGACUGGAACGUAUCAAAAAGGAGGCUGCAGAGAGAAAGACAUACAAGGAGGGAAGACUGGUGCACAGAACCGAGCCCGAGAUCAAGACGCAUACAAGUUACCUAGUCUUCGCAGUACUACCACGGGAAUGGAAUGAAGAACAAGAGGAGAGGUUGAGAAAGAAGUGGGGCACGGAAGGUCAGGUCUCGACUGAAGACAUCAGCAAGAAGAAGGGGAACAAGAAGAGUAAGAAGACGUAG